UUUAUCAAAUCAAAUGAACGGCCUUGUCAAAGGUUACCGUAUAUUUCAUUCCUAUUUCCUUUAUUUUUUUUGCAACAGAUUAGACUCAAAGUGAAGAUAGCCAACAAACUUGGAUCAAGGAAUAAAAACAAAGUUGAAAUAGACGACACACCCCGCUUGUUUACAUUUGAUCCCAAUGCUAUUCAACGCGGGGCAGAACUUUGCGAUUUGUUUGAGACUGACGAAGUAGAAGAAGACUUCAACCAGAUCGUUGAUCUCGAUGACGAGCGCGUUGAGGAAGUCGUCUCUCAGGAGCUGGUAGGUAAGAUGGUGGAUAGCAUCUGGUUCCGUGGUCUCAUCCUCGGAGUCAUCGUGAUGAACGCCAUCCUCAUCGGGGCACAGACCAACAGAGAACUGUCUCAGAAGUACGCUUGGCUCUUCUUCAUCUUUGACUAUACCGUAUUGAGUAUCUUCGUGUGUGAGUUGAUUCUCAAGUGGUAUAAUGGGUUCAUCAUCUACUGGAAGGUUGGAUGGAACAUUCUCGACUUCUUCAUCAUCGUCAUCCUCCUCCUCGGACCAACUCUCAAGUUCUUAGGAAGCAGUCGUAUUUUGAGAAUCCUGAGGGUGCUCAGGGCCUUCAGAAGUCUGCGAAGUGUGAGUGCUUUAGCCGGUCUCUCUGUUGUGGUGCAGACUAUUUUCCAAUCUAUCCCAGACAUGUCGAACAUCGCCCUUCUGCUCGUCAUCCUCAUGCUAGUUCUGAGUGUUGUAGGUGUGUUUCUGUUCGGUGAGGAUUUCCCAUCUCUCUUUGGCAAUCUUCAGUCGGCUAUGUUUUCUCUCUUCAUCUGCGUAACUCAAGAUGGUUGGAUGGGGUUAUUUGAAAGGUUUAAGAACACGCCUCACUACAUGAUAGGAGCUGGCUACUUCAUCCUGGCCAUCACCAUCGGAUCAUUCGUCUUCGCCAACCUUGUCGUCGCCGUGGUCGUCACAAAUCUGGACAAAGCAGUCAAGGAGGUGAAACAGGAGAACAAGAUGAGAGAAGAUGUGUUGAGCACCAAGACCACUAAUACAGAAGAUGAGACGGACAUUGGCAAAGAGGUACCUAUCACAUCUAUUGGCGAUGUCCUAGAAAAGAUGGACAUGCCCACUCAGAAGCCACUGCACUUUGGGGAUUUUAAGUAUCUGACGACAGAAAAGUUUCAAAACUACAUCGUCCUCAUCUCGGCUCUUGAGGACAAUCUUGCUGAAUACCAGACGAUCAGAGAUGACCUCGACAAGAUAUUUCGACUGCUCUGGGAACUGAAUGAAUUUAAAGAAGAAGAUGAUCUAGAAUCGAAACCUUCCAUGGCUCCACCCUCGGCAGCAGCCCCAGAUCCAGUUAACUUCAAAAACAUCGGGAAAAAAGGAGACAUCUUGUCCAACUUGCUGGAGCUUGAACAGCACAAUCUGAUCUCCACCCGUCGAGGAACCCUCGCGGGUCUCAUCAAGGAUGCGGCCCGCCUGGUCCCUCCCAGUAACACUGUCGGACAGCCUGGCUCCGUCCACAACUCGCGACGAUCCCCUAAGGAUGCCAGCAAGCCCGUCACCAAGAGUAAGACGGACCUAGGACACCUAGGAUCUGGAACAUCCUUGAAGAUGAAACUUGACGGAGUUGAGGGUGUUAUGAAGGGAACGUCGCGGUCUCGAGAUCGGCUGGUGCCUGGUAAUGCGGUGAGUGGUGGCAGCGGUGGGAUAUAUGAAUCUAGCGACCCUCAAACCCUAUCACCAAAGUGGGUUUGGGUGGUGGGCCGGAUGGAAAUCUGUGAUGUGGAUAAGAAACCUACGACAUCAAAUUCAAGCAAAAGCACUGCAGGCCAGAGACAGAAGAGUUCUACAAAGACCACUUCUUCACCUCCAGAGAACCUGGGUGCAUCAUCGGAUGACUCUGAGGAUGAGGAGGAAGAGAUUGGCAAGGCUGCAGAGGACAAACAUUAG